UCACGGAACAGCUUGUACUAGCGGACGCUAGUCCGGCGAACCUCACGAGGCGCCAGAUACCGAUCUGCGGAAAGAUUUGUUGCAUCACUCGGUGAGAAGCAUCGUGUGUACAAAAGUCGCCGCGUGAUCCGGAAUCGCUACCGGCUAUAUCGUGUUCGAGCGAUCUGGAGCGAUCACUGCUCCGUUGUCAGUACCAUAUCACGGUUUCACCCGCGAGAUCGAAGAUAUCGUAUCUUAUAAUUAGAAGCGCCGUAUUUGGUAAAACUGAAAAUAACAAUCGUGUCUCGAAAUCAAGGUUCGUAAGACUCCAAAAGAUUUUGAUAAUCGCUCUGCGUGUGCGUGUGAUAGUACGUGCUGGUCUUCGAGUGGGAUACGAUCGGCGGGUCUUCGCCAAGUGUGGACUGGGAACGUGAUCUCACAUUCUGUUUGGCCUGCGUGACGACGCACACGUGUCGACCGCCUGCGAGCUCGCGCACGAUCACUCUCGAUCGCCCGAUUGUUUGUACGAAGAACGGAUCUCUCGAGUGGCGUCGUCGCGAUCGCUGCGCAGAUCCUCCGGAGGAGAUCAUCCCCUCGGUCGCACGAUCAUGAUCGCCGCAGAUGACAAGAUCGUGCGCGCCACGACGUUCGAGACGAUCGAGCUGCACAUCUUGUCGUUCGUUUACGGCCUGUACCUGUUGGGUCUACGAUUCCUCAAAUGGAUAUGGGACCCCAAGAAGUUCUUCAUGCUGCGACAACGGGACCAGCCGCCACCGUGUCUGGUCGAUAACAGUCUUGGCACGCAUUCCUACGUGAAAAUCAAGGGUGUUAAAUUCCAUUAUGUGGAAGCGGGAGACAAGACUAAACCACUCGUGUUGUUAUUACAUGGAUUCCCAGACUGCUGGUUAACUUGGAGAAAACAGAUUCCAUGUCUCGCGGAACAUUAUAGAGUAGUGGCUAUAGAUUUAAAGGGAUUUGGUGAUAGCGACAAACCGCUCAACAGGCGAUCUUAUAAAGUCGAAAUUUUAAUAGACGAGUUGAAACAAUUCAUCUUGACUCUUGGUGUGAAAACUUGUAAUAUAAUUGGCCACGACUUAGGAGGACUUUUGGGAUGGUAUAUGGUCGCUUUACACAAAGAUCUCAUUUAUAAAUUCGUAGCCAUCUCGAGUCCGCAUCCCAAUUUCUAUUGGAAUAGAGUAUCAGGAAAUUCCGCAUUAGACAGAAAAUGGAUACAUUUCAGUCGACUACCAUUUCUGCCAGAAAUAGAUGUACUAAAAGAGGACUUAUCAAUUAUUAAUGAUAUUUAUCAACAUCUUCAAAUAUCUCAGGAUAACAUAGAGAAAAGCUAUGUUGAAGCGUAUAAAUAUGCCUUUAGUAGAAAAGAGGAUUGGACAGGACCGAUUAAUUAUUACCGUAACCUUCCGUUCACAAGACUGAAUAUAGAUAGUGGAGAACAAAUUGAUAACAAAACGCUGCUUUUAGUCGGAAAUAUGGAUCCUUUUGUAACGAUAGAGAGCAUUAUUCAAAGUGCUGAACACGUAGAAGUGUCCAGGGUUAAAAUUAUAUCAGAGGCGCAGCAUUUUCCGCAUCAAGAAAAAUCAGAUGCCGUAAAUAAGGCAAUCAUUAAAUUUCUAUUAGGCACAACAUAUAAUUUGGCGCCCUCGAAAACACCUGCAAAGAGUCUCGUGUCUUCCUGGCUAGGAUCUUUAGGUAACACCGUUAAGUAUGGCAAUCAUAUGAUUGACGCUAUGCAUAAACGAACUAAUAAUAUUGUGAACGUGUUGCCCAAUAAAGCAUUUUAUUUGGGACAAACAAGUUAAAUGGUGUUAUAUAACAUCAGCGUUACGUUACUUAGAACUUUGAACUUUGUUACAAAGAAUCUAAAUAUCCUACCUAUGCUAACGCUGACGUAUGAAACUCAUAAAAGGCUGAUCCUGUUUGGUCCUAUUUAUUACUUAUUUUUUAUGUAAGUAUAUCAUAAACAGGGCAUUGAAAUGGGGAUUUUGUUUGAAUGACGAAGUCUCAUUGUAUAAAGAUUUCUAUUACAUUCAUUUUUAUGCAAGCGAUAUAUCACAUGUUGAAUUAUUUUUAGUAUUUUAUAUAUAUAUAUAUUCCUCAUAAGAUCUGUAUGAAAUGAAUAUUUUUAUAAUUGCAUAUAACCAUUAUUUAGAAACAAGAACACUAAUGGAAAGCAAUGUAAGGUCUUCCACAUAAAUCUUUUAAUACUUGCUUUUUAAUAUCCUCAAUAAAAUACUGAUAUAAUUUUCAUAAUUAAAUAAUAUUAUAAUUGUAUGUGUAAUAUAAUUUAUUAUAAUUAUAUACA